UGGAACAUGGAAGUCCUUGCUGGGUACGAUUCAAGCUCUUCUGAUGAAAACGCGAAAAUUCAGCAAAAUUCAGGUGAUAAACAGAAUUACUUUUGGUGAAACAUCAAACUUUCAGGAGACAGCUUGCAAAACCAGAUAAAAAGGCAUCAGUUACCAGUGACAUGGAGAGUGAACUUAUGACCCAGAGUGAUGAUUGUACUACACAGAACAAUCAGCACGAGGAGAAGUCAGAAGAGAGGAAAGAAUCAUCACAUAGCUCAUCUCGAAGGAAAAGCUCCCCAAGCAGCCGUCAGCGAAAUUAUCGCAAGAGGUCUGUGUCAGAAUCUCCGGAAAAAUCACCACAGAGAAGGUCUCCAGAAAUCUCACCUCCCUCACGUAAAAGAAGUAGAAAUUCAGAUUUUAGAGAUGAUCAAAGACAUAGAAGACAUAGUCGAAGUCGCAGUCGAAGUAGAAGCCCCAGGAGAAGAAGAAGAAGUCGUAGUCCAAGAAAUUCUACAAAUCAACGAGACAGUGGACAACGUUUUGAUGAGUUUGGUCGCGAUUUGCGUCCAGAGCAGCACAGAGAUUCUUCAGAGGAAAAGGAUAAAGCUAGUAUUCAAAGGAAAGAAAAGGAACAGAGUCCACCACUCAGGAAAAGUCCCAGUGAGAAAAGGGAUGCUGAUUUGGAACGCUCGCCAGUUAGGCGUGGCUCUCACCCAUUGGAGAAGGGUGGAAAAGAGGGGAGUCCAUCUGAGCAGAAGCCCAGAGUCUGUAAGUCCAUAGAAAGGGACAGUCCUUCUCCUCGACGGAGAGAUUCACUGGAUAGAAAAAGUAAAUCUCCUGAUAGGAGGCGUCACAGGAGCAGAUCUCGCGACAGAGGUGAUUCCAGUGAAAGGAAGUCACCAGACAGAUACAGAAGAAAGGAUUACAGAAGAAGCCCACCAAGAGAUUUUAGAGAUCGAAGAGCCAGCAGCGACUACAGCUCAAGCCGACGCCAUGAUAGAGACAGAGACCGAGACAGGGACAGGGAUAGCAGAGGCCGGGAUUGGGGUAGAGAUCGACGACACGCCCGAGAUCGUGACAGAAACAAGGAGCGUGACCAUGACCGUGACAGAAACAAGGAGCGUGACCAUGACCGAGACAGACAUGAGGAGAAAGCUGCCUCUUCAAGUGGUGAAAAGAAGACGUUUAUAAAAGCAACUUCAACAGGCCUGGAGGCACUUCCACGGCCCGCGCGUCCGCCGACUUCUGAAGAAGUGCAAGCGAAGCUAGCGGCGCAUGCGGAGUCGCUGCGGAAACAGGCUCAAGAUGCUGCUUCCAUGCUCAACCUACCCAGCUACCUGAAUCCAUCAGUUGUCAAUCCGCACCAGUAUGCUGUGCAGGCACAGAAGAGAAAGCUGCUCUGGAGCGGGAAGAAGACGACUGAGGGCACUGCAAGUAGCGACAGCGGCGGUGCCACAACAUCAACCUUGUGGAACAGUACCACGUUCAGCAAUGACCAGGGAGGGGAGAUGCAGGCGAAAUUCCGGCGCUUAAUGGGCAUCAAAGGCGACGGGAACGCACCCCCCGGGCAAGAAGGCCCUCAAGCCCAGAGCCAGCAACUCAUGGCAGAUCUUGAAAAGGAGUUUGAACGGUCUCGAGCAUUUCAGUUAUCCCGGGGGGCUGGGGGCAAGAGUGGCAUCGGGCUUGGUUACUCAGGCACAUGACGCAAGCUCGGACAAGUGUCGUUGUUGAAUGUAUAGCUGUACAAUUCGGAGCCAAACGAUUUACAGUGUGCUUGUAAUUGAGUAGAAUCAAGCACUUUACCAGUUAGGAAUCGAGUUGGUAAUUUUUAGUAAGGAUGAAUUGUUUUAUCAAAUGGACACGUCUUUAUGUCUCUAUAGGCGAUAGUACCCUCCUUAAGAGUCGAAUUCACGGUCGGUGGAUCACGAACGUUUCUUUCAAGUAAUAAUUUGUAUGUUUUUGGGCAUUAUUGUUGAAGCACAUAUCCCUCAGCUUACCACAGGAAAUGCAGAUUAAUCUCAUCUUGCGGUUCUAUGAAAAUUUUGUUUCAUUAAAAUUUAUUGAAAAAACGUC